AAUCAGUACUUGGAUGAUAUCUUAAUCAGUUAAAUAUAAUGAAGUAGAAACCCAUCAGAGCUGUCAAUUCUACCAGUUUUUGAGCACAAUGAGGUUGCUGGCAUGUUUUCUGUCGACAAUUUUUGUCGUCAGUGCAUAUAAAUCUUACGACGGGUACCAAGUAAUAACCUCAAGAACUGUUACUCUGAGGGAUUUAUCAGAGCCUCGGAGACUAGAAAAUGAUCCCGAGUACAUAUUCUGGGCCAGACCUGCCGUCGGUCGCCCUUUGCACGUCAUGACUUCGCAGAUUUCAAUUGGAAAGCUCUGGAGUGAACUUGAGCACUUGAAUUUGGCACCUUCUGUUUACAUUGAAGAUGUUGGGCCAGUUUUGGCAAAAGCAGAUGAAAAACGUCAAAAGCUAAUGGACAUUCCAUUGAAUCGAGCUGUUUCUUUUGACCGUUACAUGACCCUCCAAGAGAUUCUUGACUACACUGCGGAGGUAGUUCAAAAUUACCCUUUGCAUUCAAGUUUGCUCGAGUUGGGAACCACCUACGAGGGCAACCCUUUGAGGGCCGUCAAAGUGAGCAACGGGCCGGGCAAGAGAGGCAUUUUUCUGGACGCGGGAACACAUGCCAGGGAGCACAUUACCCACCCUCUGGCUUUGAAGGCAAUAUUUGAGCUCGUCGAAAAUUAUGAUCAGAACAAAGCACUGGUCGAUUUGUUUGAUUGGUACAUAUUACCGGUGGCUAAUCCCGACGGCUACAACUACACAUUCAAUGAGGAUCGUUUCUGGAGGAAAAACAGGAGUCCGAAUGUUGGCUCUGAUUGCGUUGGCACAGACCCGAACAGAAAUUAUGACAUCAAUUGGGGAAUUGACGGAGAUGCAAACCCCUGCAGCGAGGCUUACAGAGGAGUAGCAGCGUUUUCAGAAGCUGAGAGUUCAGCAAUCGGAUCUGCACUCAGGGAUAUUGAAAAUAAUGGAGGCCUCGCUCUUUAUAUGUCAACACACUGCUAUGGAACAUUCUUGAUUUAUCCUUGGGGAUUCACGUACGAGUUUCCAGUUACAUAUGACGAGCUGGCCAAAGCUGCUAAUCUGACAGCAACAGCGAUUGAAGCUGUGAACGGCACAAGAUUUGUGAUCGGAAGUAGCGCCAACGUUUAUUUCCCUGCUGUUGGAGCGAGCAUGGAUUACGCGUACGCAGUUGGAAACAACAACACCUACUCCUACACGUGGGAGCUACCAGCCGGCGGUGAAUUUGGUUUUGCACCCCUCCCAGAGGAUAUUCUACCGAUUGUGUCUGAAACUUGGGAAGGCAUUAAGGCCCUUGCAAACUAUGUGAAUACACAAGUUCUGAAAUAAAAUAUGGUCUACAAUGCCACAUGGGUUUACAUA